AAGCCAAGUAGUGCUAUUAAAAUGGUAUUGGAAGUAGAUGACGUCUCUAAAGCGCUUAGGCUGGUGAUUUAUAAUCGAAAGUAUUUAUGGGUAAAUAACAACUCUUAUGUUGGUGCCCAAUGUUUUGCAUUUUUAGAAUAUGGAACUCUAAAAAAAGCCAACUUGGACCUCGUUUGGGAGAAUCAAGAACAAUCUUAUUCAAUUCUUAAUGUCAAUUUAUUUUCAAGCUAUCGCACCGAAUAUUGGUGUGAAGGUCACAGCAUUUUUGAGUUUCAGCUGGUUUCCACCCGGUUGCUGGUAGAUUAUAAUAGAAACACAGCGCAUGGUUUUGUUAUACGUUGGAACGUCUCAUGUAUAAAUGCAAAUUUUGCAUUUAAUUUGUGUGAUGAAGUAACCGGUAAACAUUUAAGAAACCUUUCAGAAAGCAUAUACGGAAACAGCGAUCUAGGUCAUCUUUUCAUACACGAUGUGCGAAUAAUGAAUAUGGAAUGGAUCAAAAAUAUAUAUGUUGUUUUUUGGAUUCAUAUACUUGCAGCUCUCAAAAUAACAGCAGAAUAUGAUGUCCAUGAACUUGCCUUUGGGGACAAUGCCCCCAAAAUAACAAAGAACUCAUUUGCCUUUAUGCAAAUUAAAAUUACACUGAACAUUUUUUUUUUUAGUUUCAUUAAAAACUCAACUUAUCUCAUACGUAGUAAAGAUUAUUGUUCAUCAGAGCGUUUAUUUUCAAACGAUGGACUACAGUGGACUACAACGCGUAUUGGAGAAAUCGCUACGACAAAGAAAUUGUGUAUUCAAAAAAAUGGUAUGCCCUACACGCGAUUAUGUUUAGGCGAUUUUGUUCAUGGAGCAUAUUGGAAAGAGUUAACAAAACCCGUCGUAUGUGAAAGUCCUAAGUAUAAUACCAAAGUAUUGUAUAAUUUGAUUAAAGCCAAAAUUGUUAAGUCCUUACCAGAAAAAGCUUUACAAAAUGUGAAAAACAUAAUUGCAAAUAGUAAAAAUAGUAUAGUUCCAGCUGACAUCUUCUUUAUUUCUAAAAUUAUUCAAUCAGUGCUUAAAACUUAUUCAUCAAAUUUAACACUUCGACAGACAAAUGAAGAAUCAACUAAAUGGAAGAAUGCAUUUUCUGACAUUUUCGAUAUAUACAAUAUAUUAAUAGACAUUGACUCUAAUGUUAUAAAGAAGUCUUCUGAGCUAAACGCUACAAAAAAGUUAUUAAGAUCAUUUGAAAGGUAUGUUGACACUUUAUCAACUAAUUUGCCUUUUACUAAAAUAGGUAAUGGUGAAGAACAGCUUGUCUCUGAGUUGCAAAGUGAAACAAUUGACUAUGAUGAUAUUGGAGUAUCAGUUUAUAUUUCAAAAUAUAUUUUAUAUUUCUCAAUCAACCCAAGUAUUGCCAAUGUUUCGGGAAUAGCAUUGUUUGCAAAUAAUAAGAAAAGAAAUAAACAAAAAAAACUUAAGGGGGCAUUUAAAAACGAACAUUACCGUUUUCUUCAAGUAAAUCAUGACAUUAAUGAUGUUGUUGAUGAGCCUGACUUAGAACUUGGGGUAUACUUGCCAAUAGAUCUAAUAGGCACCUUGAAAGCUUCAACGAAUAAGUUAAAUGACGUUACUGUUGUUAUUAAGGUAUACUCAAAUGACCAACUAUUUCAACAGUCUGUUAGAUCUUUAAUACUAUUAAGUCGAAUAGUAUCUAUAUCAAUACCUGGGUAUAGUUCAAAUCUUCCUGUACCUGUGCCAAUUAUCUUUCGCAAGUCUCAGAACAAGGAGGCAAAUACGUCAAGUUCCUGUGAAUACUGGAACUAUGAAAGUUGGAUCGAUGGUAAAAGUAUGUUAAACAAUUUCGAAAAUAGUAAAGGUAAAGCGCUAUGCCUUCUAAGGCGUUUGGCACCAACUGGAUAUUUUUUAGAGAAAAAUAAUUUUAUUGAAAAUACCUUAAUAAUUAAUAAUUCAAGCUUAAAUGAAAAUAUUAUUUAUGCUAUUUUACUUACCAGCUGUCUACUGAUGUUUAUUGGCUUUUGGUUUUGCAAGUGAAAUUUUAGACAACGCUUUCAAAUAGAUGUAGUACUUACAUUUAUUAAAUAUGAUUUCAAAUAGUGUUUAAUAGGCGAACACGGCUGAACGUUAAAAUAAAUUUGUCAUUAGUAGAAUGUUCUGAGCGUCUUAACUAUAUUUAAGACUAAACUUUUAUUUUAUUAUAAGCUAUAAAUAAACAUUAAUUAAAACAGCACAGCGGUUUUGUACUUACUUGACACCAAUGAUGUGGCAAGAAAGUCCUCUUUUUGUGCGCUCGCCACUUAAUGAUAUACCUGAUUGUUUGAACAGUAUGUAACAUGUACAUACCUUGAACAAAUACUAUACUAUUCGUAUAACCGUUAAGAUCUGGGAAAUUUUAAGGCAUAGAAGAAUGAUAUAAAAGCAUGAUUAAACUUCUCGCAAAAAUUAUUUCCAUUACUUUAGAAGUUUUAAAAUAUUGUCAUUUUAAGGAGUGCCAUGGUCAAUAGUCAGGAAGUCAUGAGCAAUAAAUGUAACCGGCGCUAGGUGGUGUUUGUGGACAACGCUGAUACCAGCAUAUCUCAGUCUCGAGGAAAAGUAAGACAAGUAAAUGUCUUACAAACGCUUCCUUCUGCCUGCUA